AUGAAGACAGCAUUCAAAGUUAUCAAUAAGGAAGAACAAUUUCUGCCUAAUACGCCUUCUGGUAGCAGUAUAAAAUUUGAGCUGCGCAAAGAUACGGACUUUGCGUUACCACCUGUUCGAUUUCAAAAUCCUCUUAUCCUCCCUCCUUCAAUAGAAAAAAAAGAAGAGAAGAAACAUAUAAUCAUGUUACGAUUAGCACUAAUCCAAAUGCUUGUUGGUGCAGAUAAAGCUGCCAAUUUAAAACGUGCCACUGAUUUAAUCAGUCGAGCUGUCACUGAACACUCACCUCAACUUGUAUGUCUUCCAGAAUUUUUUAAUUCACCAAUUGGUGCAAAAUAUUUGGAUUCGUAUGCCGAAGAAGUACCGAAUGGUCCCACGUGUAAAUUGCUAUCAGAUAUGGCUAAACAACAUAAAAUAUGGCUUGUUGGUGGAUCCAUACCAGAGCGUGGUUCUGAUGGCAAAUUAUACAACUGUAGUGCAACAUACAAUUCCAAUGGUGAAUUAGUCGGUCUCUAUCGUAAACUUCACUUAUUCGAUAUUGAUAUACCAGGUCAGUUCACAUUUAAAGAAUCCGCUUCACUUAGUUCUGGAAAAGAUUUAUUCUAUUUUGAAAUGCCUCUUGACAGUGCAGAGAAUAAGACGUCGGUGAUUAGAGUUGGAUUGGCUAUUUGUUAUGAUAUUCGUUUUCCUGAAUUAUCUCUUGUCUAUGCUAAUCAAUUAGGCUGUCAAUUGAUAUUGUUUCCAGCUGCAUUCACUCCUAAAACUGGACCUAUGCAUUGGGAAUUAUUAGGUCGUGCUCGAGCGCUAGAUACACAGUCUUAUAUUGGCUUGUGUAGUCCAGCGUGUAAUUUAGAAUUGGAUUAUAUCAGUCAUGCUGAAUCACUGAUCACUUCACCAUGGGGUAUGGUUAUAGCUAAAGCUGGCAAAGAGGAGGAAAUUGUCACAGCCAACUUAGAUUUCAGCGAAUUGAAACGUGUUCGUGAAAGUAUACCUAUCGGUCGACAAAGACGCUUAGAUAUAUACAGUGCACCGAAAAUAAUUAAAAAACAGUGAAUGUGAGUAGUGAUCAAAUCAAUGAAUGAAUAAAUGAACGAACGAAUAAAUCGGUCAAUCAGUUAUUCAUUUCAGUGGAUAAAAAUUUCAAAUGUCUAUUUGCCGCCAAUUGUGUUGAUUGAUUAUUAUUAUUAUUGUUUACGAAUAACUUUUGAAUAUAUUUUUUUCAUGAGUAAAAGAAACACACAUACACACCUUCUCGAUUUUAUAUCUGUAGAUGCUAUUUAUAUUACUUUUGAUUUUUUUGUUGUCUUUCUCACAUCUCGAUAAAAAAAAUAUUGAAUCAAGA